CUUUUGCCUAUCCAAGGGUCUUCCGUCCCUUGUGAACGUGCCUUUUCGGAUGCUGGGCUCACAGACACGAAGCGGCGCGCUCGCCUUCUCCCAAAGAACUUCGGUGACAUCCAAACUGUCAAAGGCACAUAUAAGAAGGAGCGGAGGCGCCAAAAAGCAGAGUUGGCUGCUCAACGGACAGCACAGAAGAAGCGCUUGAUGGAUGAUGCAGCGCGGGAGGUGCAGAAAGCGCAAUUCAGAGUAGCUAGCAACGAAAAUUUUAUUGUAGCAUGGAUUUUUUGGUUCAGAAACCGGUCCGAACCUGAACAGAACUGCAUAGAACCGGUCCGUCGUCGAACCAGUGGUCCAGGUUCGGGUCCGGCAGAAAUGCAUACCUAG